UUCAGUGUACAAGCGUAUCCCACAUGCUAUAAAUAUCUCCAACCAUCCCCUCGUCCUUGGCCAUGGGACAGGCGCUCUGAUGAAGUCUGCCGCUAGAGAUUCUUUUCAAGUUUUACUCAUACACCUAAGGAUUGAACGUACUGGAAUAUUCUUGCAGUUCUCUCAAAAUGUCGCGUCUCGUCUGGUCCUAUAUCAGUGCUGCGACUGUGCUAGUUACAUCAAUAGAUGCAGCCUGCCCCACGUCGUUGAAAGUUAUUGACAUGUGCGACCCUCGCGCCUCCAGCGGGAACGACUUCUAUAUCGACUCCGCCAUGAUGGCGGAGGGUCAUCACCAGUGCAGCUGCACCCUGUCGACGUAUAUCUCCCACAGCAUGCAGAUGGUUGAGGUGACCAGGCCCACGACGUGUAGGGCGUACUGGUACAAUGCUUCACUCUCCCUGGGGCAGGAUUUAGACACGUUGGCUUAUGAAUAUAAUAACGGCUCGUGUGAAUUUCCCCACGUCUGGGGUCAGCUUUCUUACAGUUCCAUCCCAUGGACCAUCUCCAUCACGAGGCGGGGGGACGGGUUGUCCCAGGAGGGGGAGGGAGACCCGGGCUUCUGUCUGCAGGUCUUCAGCACGGAUAGGAAUGCGUUCUUAGUGAAAUGUGGCCACACCGCUGUUGCAACUACAUCUACGGUAGAUGUGACGUCGGCAACUUCUUCAACAUCCACGUCAACUACAGCAACAUCGACGUCAACUACUGCCUCAUCCGCGUCAACUACAGCAACAUCCACGUCAACGACAGCAACAUCCACGUCAACGACAGCAACAUCAACGUCAGCAACAGCCACGUCAACAACAGCAACAUCCACAUUCGCUACAACACCAUCAACGUCAACAACUGAAACAUCAACAUUAAGAACAACUUCUGCAAAAUCCACGCCAGCUACUUCAACAUCUGCUUCAACUGCUGCAACAGCAACGUCAACUGCUGCAACAUCUUCAACUUCUACAACACCCAGCGAUGUUCUUGGGAGCGAGCCAUUAUACUUUGCAACGAUGACGUCAACAACACCAGUCCCAUCGUCAUCGACUACAUCCAAAUCCACCACUACAUCAAACCUGUUUGCACUGGCUAGACGACCAGCCUCGCAUGGAUCAUUGCACAAUGCAUUGGAUAGCGUUACGAUUGGCGUUUCGGUAACCGGGCUUCUUCUCUUGAUCCUGCUGGUGGCUGUAUUCAUACACAUGGGCCACCAGAGGACGAAGACCUACACGAAGAAGGACGUGGAGAAUGUGGUGUAUGUCACAGAGGACUACUGAACAUUUCAACAAUCCUAGAAACUCGAGACUCACCUGAGUACACACCUCAAAUACGUCAGGUAUUUCAGCUAUGCUCGUAAUAGCCGACUUCGGUACAUCCGAAGUUUCCAAUAGACAGUGGCUCAUCCUGCCACUGGAUGAACUAUUAGUGUGGUGGUCAAUGGUACAACGCACUAUGGAUGCUAGUCGAGUAUGACAGGAGACUCCCUGGACUGGAUACGCUGCAGUAUAUCUCCAAGAAACUUGGCCGAGUCUUCACCGAAUAUCAACACUGAGCAUUGAUCACAAUGUCAAAACAUAUAUGGGGUUUGUUCUGGGUUUCUUCAGGAUUUAACUCAUUCUUGUUCACUGGAGCGUGUCUCUGUGUCAAAAGUGUUUGUUUCACAGCGGCAUGUAGCUCUCAGCUAAUUAUAGUUUACUUAAUUUAAAUUUAUUCAACAAACGUAAGACCUGGUACAUCACUGUUGUUGCGUCGCACUUCAUGCCGCCAGGACAGAGAGUCAGUGUAGUCGGUUGGAACGGUUUAGUUGAUGUAUUACAAUACCUAACUUCACCAAGAUGAUUUAACGAGGUAUGUGAACUGUGCAGUGUUACACGUCACAUAAAGAGAGACAUUGCCUUACAGAUUAACGGAAUAACAAAAACUGGCACUGUAUAACAGGGGCAAACUAUUUGGGGGAUUGGGGUUAAGCCAACAAGGCCCGUCUCCACAACCAUCGCAAGUCAAUUGGCUUUACGGUCGUCUCAGCAUGUUUAAGUGACAGAGAAAGGUCAGAUGGACUUGGCAAAAGUUGUUCCCUCCACGAUGCCCUUUCAAUACACAUGUAUACAGACAGUGGACAAUAUCGUUAUUAUGUAAUACUUAUACAGUAUGAUCUACGGUUAUUUUUACAUGUGCCAUUGAAGGCUUGUUCAGUAUGAAAAAGAUUUGUAGUGACAGGACACUAUACAAUUAUUCAAUUAUCAUUAGACAUGUUUAACGGUUAACUGUUUCAAAUAAAAAAUUUAAUAAACUUUCAACUACAGUAAACUACGUUUAUAACGAAAACGCUUAUAACGAUCUGACCGAUAUAACGAGCUUAUUUGUAGUCACGACCAUUUGUUGAAAAAUGAUGUAUAUAUGCCUAUUACAAACUAAAAUUAGUGGUCCCCUUGAGUUCGUUAUAACCGUAGUUUACUGUAAUACUAUAUAUAUUUCA